AUGGGUGUAAAACUUGAGUUAGUGUACUUGCUUAAAGUUGUCAUGAAAUUUUUGACGAAGGAAGAUCUGUUAACUUUUAUGUCUGUAAACCACAAAUGUCAUGAGACCCUCAAAGCACUCAAAGUGAACCCAAAAGUGAUCAACAGCCCCACAAUUCGGUGGUUUUUCAAACAUUUCAGUCCAGACACUUUCGACUCAGCUUUUCUUGACUUUGAAGUUGAGCGUUUCAUUGAAAACGUAAAGUUCUUUCGUAAUGUCAAUCUUUAUUAUUGCUAUAAAGAUGGUCGUUUCAAUGAAAAAUUCUGUGCCCAACUCUUUCCAAAAAUCACUCGUUUGACGUUUUAUUCGUUUGAAGAUCCGGUAGUUAUGGAAAUGAACAAAGAGUUAAUUAAAAACUCAAAAUUAUUUUCCUCAUUGUAUUAUUUAGAUGGCGACCUCCAACUAAUCGCGCAAUUCCUUGAAAAUUACACUGAAAAUGGGAAGGAGAAGUAUUUACACUUACCCACUUUUAUCGUAGCAAACACUUUAAAUUCCCUUCAAAUUCCAAACACUUAUCAAACACAAAAAUUGAUUGAGACAAUUGAGGCAAACGUUCCGAAAAAUGAUUGUGUUAACAUCUGCAUUUGCAUGUAUGAGCAACCAAAAGACGAACACUUGCUCGAUAUCUUCAAGACUUCGAAUUAUUACUAUCUCUGCGCCCGAAGUGGGAUGUGUCAAAAGUGGAAUGACAAAAUCGUUUGCAACAGUGGAGUUGUCUAUAUUGAUGGCAAUGUUGAAGGGGAUAUUAUGAAUGGGAUGAUCAAUAAAACAUAUGCCAAUGUAGUGUAUCACAGAUUUGAUAAUGCACAAGCAACAGUGACGUGGAACAUCCCCGACUGUGUUAAAAAACUCUGUUGGAAUCGGUCGAAUAAUUCGGACCAUGCAAAUGUUUUAAAGCCAACAAUAGUGCCAAAUAUAGCGUGUUUAUGGCUGAAGGUGUUGUCGAUAGCGCAGUCUGAAUGUCUUUGUUUUCAAAAUGAUUUUCAGUGUUUAGAGAAAGUUGAGGUGACCUUAUCUGCAAAUAUUUCUUUUGGAAAAGAGUGUAAAUUGGGGAAGGUGACUUUUAUAGGCAUUACCUCGUCCAACGACUUUAAAGUGAACACUUCAUUACCUUUACUGAGUAAACUUAAAAUCACAACAAGUACAAAUAUUAACUUAGCAGCUACGCAACUUCUAAAAUUAAAGGAAUUGUAUUUUAUCAACUGCAAUUCCAUUGUUCUUCCUUCAAUUUCAUUCGAGAAUAAGAUAGUCCAAAUUGUAGACACUAAGAACGUCAAAUUCGAUAAUGGAAAUAACCCGAUCGCCUUUUUGGACCUCAGUUUGGACUAUUUUAAUACCACAAUUAACAAAAGUCUCCAAAUACCCUUCACUGUUUUGGAAGCAAAUGAGUGGAAAAUGGUCAAAUUCAUGCCCAUGUCAAACCGAGUCGAAGUUCGCGAUAAUGAGCUGUUCCGGUUAGAGUCGUUGAAGGAUGAGGAAUACGACAUGCUGAUUAGUAUGAACUUUUACAACGAAAGUGAAAAAGACAAAUAUAUGAAAUGCAAAAAGCCUACAACUUUCACUAAAACUGGUCUUCCAAGUUGUCCCGAAGACGACGAUUAUUUUCAGUUGGGUGAGCAUCGGGUUGAUGACGUUGACACGUUCUCUUCGUCCAAACGAGCAAGUUGGGUGGAGCGAAGGAGUAUCGGGUAUCAUGCGGACGA